AUGACUGAAAGUAAGAAAGAAAUGUUAAAGUGGAAAAAACAUGAAAUUGAAGAAGACAUAGGAAAUGAUCAAUGUAAGAAUCUACUAAUUCAUUUACAUAGGAUUUUAUAAUGUAAAAUGUUAAUAGACUAAUAAUUACAGUUUUACAUUAUUUUAUAGAUAGAAACAAUCAAUUAUGGGCAGGAAAUUUUUAUUUUAUAAUUGGUGCUGAUAGUCAAUUCGGUUAUAUUUGGCCGUAUAAAAAACGAGAUCCUUUAGACUGGAAUUUAGAAAUGGAAAAAUCCAUUAUUGCAAUUGAAAAAAUUAAUAAUUUAAUUCCAAGACCUCAAUUUUUGGUGAUUUGUGGCGACUUGGUAGAUACAAUGCCGAAUAGUAAGUUAAAUAUUUUUUUUUCCAAAAAAUGUUUUUUAUAUUAUGAAAUGAAUACAUAUUUUGUCACCUAUACCAGCACUCAGCAGAAACUGGUGUUAUUUUUUUUUUUUUGUAUAUAGAAAAUAAACAAAGUACUUUAAUAGGUUUUAACUAAAUCUAAAAUCAGAUUAUAAAUACUAAGGAACAUCCAAAAAAAAACCAGUUAGACGUAAUAAUUUAUUUUUAAACACUUUUUUAUGCAUAUUUUUUAAAAUAAAAGUAAUAUUUAUUUUACUUUAUUAAGUCAAAAGUAGAAAAAAAAUAAAGAAUUUAUUUAAUCAAUGUGAACCUGAUAUUCUUGUUUCAGAUAAUAUUGAUUUAAAUCAGCUACAAGUAAAUGAUUUUCAAAAAGUUUUUUCAAGAUUGCAUCCAUCUAUAUCACUUGUAUGUGUGUGUGGAAAUCAUGAUGUUGGUGAUAGUCCAGACGAAAAAUCUAUCAACAUGUAAUUAAAUACAAUAAAUUGAAAAUUAAAUUGUAUUCAUCUAACAUGUUUUGUAAUAUAAUUAUUAAAUAGUAAAAAUUAUAAUUUUAGAUAUCGUAACACAUUCGGACAAGAUUAUUUUUCUUAUUGGUGCGGUGGAGUACUUUUCUUAGUAUUGAAUACGCAAUAUUAUAAAGACCCAAGUAAAGUUGAAAAACAUGCAAAGGAACAAGAACAAUGGUUAACAGAAAAACUGAAUAAAUACAAGAAUCAAAGAAUAAUUGUUUUUCAACACAUACCUUGGUUUAUAAGCAAAAUAGAUGAAAACAAUGAAUAUUUUAAUAUUGAAAAAACCUCCAGACUUGCUAUGUUGGAUAAACUGAAUGCAUCUGGUAAAUAAUAAGUUUUAAUAAGAUACGAGCUUUUAUUCUUUUAAUUUUUCUGAUUGAAAAAGUUUUAAAUAUUUAUGUAUUUUGAUUUAUGUCAAAUUACUUUUUUGUUAAUAUUUUGGCGCCCAAAAGAAUGCACUUUAAAGAUUUAUUUUCUUUUUUCAAUAUUUAUAUUAGUAUAACAUUUAUUUGGCCAAGUUUAAAUGCUUGAAAAUUUAAUACAAUUUCACAAUAAGUUUCUUUUAAUGAAAUUUUAAUUUUUGACAAAAUUCCCUAAAAAUAUAAAAAAGUAUAAAUUAUUUUAUGGUUAAAAAUUGGUAUAAUUUAAAUUAAGAAAAGGAUUUAUAGUUAAGUUCUUUUCAGAAUAAGGUUUGAUAUUAUUUGUUAUAUUAUACAAACUUUUCAUCUACACAUACAUAUCAGUAGUAUGAGCACUUUCUUUUUAAAUUUAAAAAAUCAUGGUAUUUGAAGUAUAAUUGUUUUUAAUUACAGGUGUCUCUCAUGUAUUUUGUGGUCAUUAUCAUCGAAACUCUACUGGAUUUUAUAAAAAUCUAGAAGUAGUUACCACUAGUGCUAUUGGAGCACCGAUGGGUAAAGAUCCUUCUGGAUUGAGAAUAGUAAAGAUGUACGAAAAUAAUGUUGUUCAUACUUAUUACUCACUUGAUGAAAUGCCGAGCUCUAUUACACUUUAG